AUGCUCUCAUCACUUUUGCGAUCCUUACCUCUGCUCAGACAGAGAUGGAAGCUGCUCAAUUUCUCCAAUCCAAACUUUAUCCAAUUACCUGAAUCUCACAAAAUCGAAGAAGAAACCCUUCCGGAUUAUAUUGCGUCCCAAUAUUAUCCUACCCGAAUAGGAGAAGUUAUCAAGGAGCAAUAUCAGGUUGUAGGCAAACUAGGGUUUGGAUCUACCUCAACAGCAUGGCUUGCACGCGACAUCCAUGGUCGCCGUUAUGUUAUGCUCAAAAUAUUUGUUCGGGCCUCAUCUAUGGGACAGCGAGUGGAUGAUGAACUGAAGAUGUAUAGAUGCAUGGAUCAAGCUCCGAAAGGCCAUCCUGGUCGCAAGGCUGUAAGAACAUUACUUGACGCAUUUUACAUUGAUGGACCUGAGGAUAAGCAUCAAUGCCUUGUGCAUCCUCCGUUAUGGGAGAGUGUCUUGACUUUCUUACGCCGGAAUCCAGUAGAGAGACUGCCUUCAGCAGUUAUAGCAUUCGUUCUUCGGCGGCUCUUUUUGGCAUUGGAUUAUAUGCAUACAGAGUGCAAUAUCGUACACACUGAUAUAAAGGCGGAUAAUAUCAUGUUUGGUAUCAAUGAUGAUUCAGUCUUCACUGACUUCGAGGAGGAGGAACUUCAACAACCCAUUCCAAGAAAGGAGGUGGACAUGGAUGGAAGGACUGUUUACAUGUCCCGCAAGCUCAGAAUUCCUGCUGAUGUGGGCGACCCAGUUCUAUGUGAUUUCGGUUCAGCCGUACUGGGCGAUCAACAUCAUGCAGAAUUCAUUCAACCCAAUAUCUACCGAGCACCCGAGGUGAUUCUAGGAGCUCCAUGGACGUAUAGUGUUGACAUAUGGAAUGUGGGCUGCAUGAUCUGGGAUAUUUAUGAAGGUGGUUCCUUAUUCACGGGCCGAGACCCGGAAUUUCAAAAGUACCGAAGUCGAGCACAUCUUGCUGAAAUGAUAAAUCUUCUUGGGCCACCGCCGGCUAGCUUCAUUGCUCAGGGGGAGUUGAGAGACAAAUUUUUCUGUGAUUUCCGUUUUAAAAAUUUAUUGACGGAACAUGUUCCGCUUGAGGAGAGAGAAACCAGUCUCAAGGGAGAAGAUGAGAGAGCGGCAUUUUUAACUCUCAUGCGAAAAAUGCUGCAGUGGGAGCCCAGCAAACGUAGCUCCGCUAAGGAGCUAGCUGAGGAUGAAUGGAUCCACAAGCACUUGUAA